GAUACAAAAUGCAAAAGAAACGUUACUUUACAAGCAGCACUCACCUUUAAAGAAACAGCACAGGAGCAGAGUUUCUAACAAGGGCAAGCGCAAGACGAUGAUAAUGAGGAGGGCUUUCACUACUUGCUUCACUUCAAACACUCUCCUUCCAUUCCCAAGACUAGGUAUUACUACUAUUACUUCUACUACUACUAUUGCGUUGCUUCGAUUGCAUUCACUUUCUCAGCCAUCCACUUACCCUAACCCUAAUCACAUACCCAAUCAUCUUACGAAAUUUGAACAAUUACUUUUGGAGAAAUCUAGAGUUGGUUUUGAUAAGCUCGACGAUGCUCUUCGAGUGUUUGAUAAAAUGCUCCGUAUGAAGCCUCUUCCUACUGUCAUGCAAUUUAAUCAGCUCUUGGCCGCCCUUGUCAAGAUGAAACAUUACUCCGUGGCUGUCUCCGUCUUUUCAGAUAUGUGCUCUUUUAGCAUUCCUGUUGACAUAAUUACCUAUAACACCACCAUCAACUGUUGUUCCCAUUUGAAACGAGUUGAUUAUGGCUUUGCGCUCUUGGCUGCCAUCUUUAAGCGAGGUUUUGUCCCGGAUGUUGUUACCUACACAACUCUUCUCAGGGGACUCAUUUCCCAGGACAAGUUUCUUGAGGCUGAGCUUCUCUUUAAGAACCUUCUCAAGCACAAUCAAGUUGAGCCCAAUGCAGUUAUCUUUAACACCAUUAUUAAUGGCCAAUGCAAAACAGGCAACACUUCCCAGGCUAUGAUGUUGCUUAGAUACAUGGAGAAGAAAGGUUGUAUGCCGGAUGUAGUAAAUUACAACACUGUUAUUGAUAGUUUGUCCAAAGACAGAUUAGUUGAUGACGCUUUGGGUCUUCUUGCCGAAAUGAGUGACAAAAGCAUUCCACCAAGUGUUGUAUCCUAUAACUCAUUAAUUCAUGGUAUGUGCAACCUCAAUCGAUGGGAAGAUAUAACACUAUUGUUAAAAGAUAUGGACAGACACAAAAUUUCUCCAAAUAACCGUACCUAUAAUAUAUUGGUUGAUGCACAUGCCAGAGAUGGAAAGGUCAAAGAUGCUGAAUAUUUGAUAGAGUUAAUGAUUCAAAGAGGCCAACAUCCGGACGUAGUCACAUAUAGUACGCUAAUGGAUGGGUACAGCUUGCGGGGAGAAUUGGAUAAAGCGUUAGGUGUGCUUGAAAUAAUGAGAAAUGAGGGGAUUUUGCCAGGAGCUCAUACCUAUAAUAUAUUAAUCAAUGGUUAUUGUAAGAAAAUGAAAGUAGACACAGCGAUACAUCUCUUAGAAGAAAUGCCAAGGGCAGGUUUAACACCUACAGUUGAAACGUACAAUACUAUUUUGGAUGGGUUAUUUCGUACGCGUAGGCUUGAUGAAGCACAUAAGUUUUAUAAGAAGAUGCUAAAACAAGGUGUCAAACUAAAUAUAGUGACAAGCCGGAUCUUGUUGUAUGGACUUUGCUGGAAUGGACUUCUUGUUGAAGCAAUGUUCAUGUUUCACAAGAUGGAGUCAUGUGGCUUAGUUCCUGACAUAUGCAUUUAUAAUAUUCUGAUUAAUGGGUUAUUCAGGGACAACAAGGUUGACAAGGCAAGAAACCUUUAUCAUAAUCUUCUUUUGAAGGGUUUACAGCCUACUGUCAUAACCUACAACAUUAUGAUACAAGGAUUCUGUCAUGAAGGGUUGCUGGAAGAAGCAUAUAAAACACUUUUGGAAAUGGAAGAAAACAAUUGCUUGCCUAAUGGAGUUACAUACAAUACUCUUAUUCGCGGCUGCUUUAAGAAUAAGAUGUAUAAUGGAGGUUGUGAGCUUAUAGAUGAGAUGGUUGCUCAUGGUUUCAAAGCAGAUGCCUCUACCGCCUCCAUGCUAUUCGAUUUGCUGCAAUUAAAAGAGCAGGACCCUGCGCUCCUUGCUUUGCAGAAGAAGUUCAUGCCUUGGUCAAAGAAUUUGCCACCAGGGUAUCCUUGUUCACCUGUGGCAUUCGCAAAGUUCUCAGCCGUCUUGGACCAUGGAGUCGCCCAUUCGACAGACUGGGAUUCAGGGUUGAAGAAAUCCACCCAUCUUUUGCUCUCAACCCAUCCCAUGAGAAUGAGUUGGGUUCCGAGGAGUGUACCGAAAGAGAAAGGUGCAAUGGCACCAGGGUCUGCACCAGCUUCAAACCAUGGGAUGCCACUGUAUGCCUGGCCAACAAAGAUUCCAAGAACUGCUGCCAUCGCCCAUCGCCCGUGGAUUAGCUCAGCUUCUCGGUACCACUUCAAGAAUGCUGGAUCCUUGCCAAGUCCUAGUGGGUCAAAACCAAAGUCACCAGGGAGCCUGCAGUUCAUAACAGAAGUUUGGAUUUCUUCCGGAAAAGAAAGAGAAAUGGUAGAGAGAGCUUACGAGCCAUCGAGCCACUCAGGGUCAACCAAGUUGCCACCACCUUUAACAGCAGGGAUCCAGGACUUCUUAGCAGCAGCAGCAACUACAGUCAGCCUUUUAGGAGCCACAGAACCACCAGUCCUAGCACUAGUGGUUGCAGCCAACAAAGAUUGGCUCCUCUUGCCACCACUCAAAAAAGAUGAACCCAGACCAUUGAGCAAAGCAGCAGCAGCAGCAGAUGUAGCAGCCAUUCUUAGUCUUAUGAUAUGUUGGAGAAAAAGAAACAACACUGGAGCAGAGUUUCUAAAAAAAAAGGGCAAGCACAAGACGAUGAAGAUGAUAAUGAGGAGGGCUUUCACUAGUUGCUUCACUUCAAACACUCUCCUUCCAUCCCCAAGACUAGGUAUUACUACUGUUACUGCUACUACUCCUUGCUCUCGUUUUAUUGCAUUGCUUCCAUUUCUCAGACACGGUAUUACCACUAGUCCUUUCUGUCGUGUUAUUACUUGCCCUAACCCUAAUCACAUACCCAAUCGUCUUACAAAACUUCAACAAUUACUGUUGGAGAAAUCUAAGGUUGGUUUUGAUAAGAUCGAAGAUGCUCUUGUUGUGUUUGAUAAAAUGCUCCGUAUGAAGCCUCUUCCUAGUGUUAUCGACUUUACUCAACUCUUGGCCGCCCUUGUCAAAAUGAAACAUUACUCUGUGGCUGUCUCCGUCUUUUCAAAGAUGUGCUCUUGUAGCAUUCCUGUUAAUAUAAUUACUUAUAACACCGCCAUCAACUGUUGUUGCCACUUCAAACGAGUUGAUUGUGGCUUUGCGCUGUUGGCUGCCAUCUUUAAGCGAGGUUUUGUCCCGGAUGUUGUUACCUACACAACUCUUCUCAGGGGACUCAUUUCCCAGGACAAGUUUCUCGAGGCUGAGCUUAUGUUCAAGAACCUUCUCAAGUGCAAUCAGAUUCAGCCUAAUGCAGUUAUCUUUAACACCAUUAUUAAUGGCCAGUGCAAAACAGGCAACACUUCCCAGGCUAUGAUGUUGCUUAGAUACAUGGAGAAGAAAGGUUGUAUGCCGAACGUAGUAAAUUACAACACUGUUAUUGAUAGUUUGUCCAAAGACAGAUUAGUCGAUGAUGCUCUGGGUCUUCUUGCCGAAAUGAGUGACAGAGGCAUUCAACCAGAUGUUGUAACCUACAGCUCGUUAAUUCAAGGUCUGUGCAACCUUAACCGAUGGGAUGAUAUAACACAAUUGUUAAAAGAUAUGGGCAGACACAAAAUUUCUCCAAAUAAGCAUACCUACAGUAUAUUGGUUGAUGCACAUGCCAGAGAUGGAAAGGUCAAAGAUGCUGAAUAUUUGAUAGAGUUAAUGAUUCAAAGGGGCCAACCUCCAGAUGUAGUCACGUAUAGUGCACUCAUGGAUGGAUACUGCUUGCGUGGAGAAUUGGAUAAAGCGUUAGCAGUGCUCAGAACCAUGACAAGUGAGGGGAUUUUGCCCGACAGUCAGACCUAUAAUAUAUUGAUUAAUGGUUAUUGCAAGAAGAUGAAAGUAGACACGGCAAUACACCUCUUAGAAGAAAUGCCCCUGAAAGGUUUAACACCUACAAUCGAAACGUACAGUACUAUUUUGGAUGGGUUACUUCGUACACGUAGGCUUGAUGAAGCACAUAAGUUUUAUAAGAAGAUGUUAAACCAAGGUGUUAAACUGAAUGUUGUGACAUGCAGGAUAUUGUUGCAUGGACUUUGCUGGAAUGGACUUGUUGGUGAAGCAAUGUCCAUGUUUCACAAUAUGGAGUCUUGUGGCUUAGUUCCUGACAUACACAUUUAUAGUAUUCUGAUUCAUGGAUUGUUCAAGGACAGCAAGGUUGACAAGGCAAGGAACCUUUUUCAUAAUCUUCUUUUGAAGGGUUUACAGCCUAGUGUCAAAACCUACACCAUUAUGAUCCAUGGAUUCUGCCAAGAAGGGUUGCUGGAAGAAGCAUAUAAAAUACUUUUGGAAAUGGAAGAGCACAAUUGCUUGCCUACUGAAGCUACCUACAACAUUCUUAUCCGCGGCUGCUUUAAGAAUAAGAUGUAUGAUGGAGGUUGUCUGCUUAUAGAUGACAUGGUUGCUCAUGGUUUCAAAGCAGAUGCCUCUACCGCCUCCAUUGUAUUCGAUUUGCUGCAAUUGAAAGACCAGGACCCUGCGCUCCUUGCUUUGCAGAAGAAGUUCAUGCCUUGACUACAUCAAUGAGCGAGUUUAUUAAGGAAGCUGGUUUCUCAGGAGAUGCAUACCACCUGUAUAUUGCAGGACCUGCUAUUUUUGCUCUGUGAAAGUUUUUGUCAUACACACUGGAAUGAGUCAGUGUGGAAACUUAUUAUUUACUUGCACUCUUGUAAGUUUUUUUUAUCUAUUCUCGUAAUUAACUUGGAUUGUUCUUUACUGGAGGCUUAGUUUAGAGUUGCAUAAAGCAGUGUUCAGCGCACUGCGCAGCAAAAGUUAAGUACAAGAACCAUUACAAUUAUUUUUUGAUAUAUUAGUUCUUAAUAUAUGUAUUUUUUUGUCGUCUCUAUGUAGUUUUGAACUUUCUUCUAAAGAAAGUGAAUCCAUCAGAACUACUAUUCAUAUAUUAUUAAACUUGUAUUCUCUGCAUAAUAAUUGUUUUGUCUUGCAUACUUAAAUAUGAUGAUUCAGUCUGCAACAUUAUUAUUUACUUGCACUCUCUUGUCAGUUUGUUAUCUUUUGUCGCAGUCCACUAGGACUUCUAUUUACUGCAAGGUUAGUUUAAAUUAGUAUAAAGUAGAGUUUAAGUGCAUCAGAGUUGAAGUUCAACCGUUAAGGUGCUUGUUUCCUGAAGUUAUAUACAACACUCUUAUCCGCGGCUUCUUUAAGAAUAAGAUGUACUUAUACAUGAGGUGUGUGCUCAUGGUUUCAAAACAGAUGCCUCUACCGCCUCCAUGCUAUUCGAUUUGCUGCAAUUGAAAGAGCAGUACCCCGUGCUCCUUGCUUUGCAGAAGUUCAUGCCUUGAGUACAUCAAGGAGAGAGUUUAUUAAAGUACAAAAUACUUUUAAAUUGCCAAAACUUCGUAAUAGUGUGCUAAAUUUCUUUAAAUCAAUAGCAAUUAUGAUAUUGGAGAUAAUAGAAUGUAAUUGUUGAAUAUCAAAUUUCGAACUGGUGGCCGUGUUGUUGUAUUUGCAUCUUUUCACAAAACGAGAAGUGUGGUAGAGCAUCUAUUUUUCUUUAACAAAGAGUUGGUUUCUUAGGAGAUGCAUACCACCUGUAUAUUACCGGACCUUCUAUUUUUGCUUUGCAUGGUACAUACUGGAAUCUGUUGAUCCGGUGUAAAAAUUGUUAUAUACUCGGACCUUCGUGGAACUACCUUUGAUAUAUUAUUAAACUUGUUUUCAGACUGUAGUCACAAAUUUGUUUUUAAAAAAUGCCUCCAGUCAAGUUUGUUUAUUCAGAAAUAUCCUAUGCAACUACGUAUAUACAUAUCUGCAACUAUUAUUGUAAAACUCUAAGAACAUUGUGGAGAUGGUAGAUUAUGGUUGAAGAAAGUAGAAGACAAUGAGCAAGGCUAUCACUACUUCCAUAAGAUUAAUCCACUCUCUCUUUUCUCCACUUAAUCAGACCCUGAUCCCGAAACCCCCUAAACUUCUUCAUGGAUACCUCAUCCGCAACUUCAACAGUUACUUCAUAAGAAAAAUGGUCGGUUAUAUGAGUUCCGUGGUGCUAUUCUUGUGUUGAACAAAAUGCUCCAAGUGAGACCUCGUACUAUUGUUAUCGACUUCAAUUAACUGUUAUCCACCAUCAUUACAAUGAAACAAUACUAUGUUGCUGACUCUUUUUACUGAUACUUAUGCUUUUACCAUUCCAGUUAUUGUAGAUGCCAGUCAUCAAAAGGUUAGCAGCUGCUAUUAAUCAUCCAUCUUCUGACAAAUUCCCCUACUUUUGCAAUAGUAAUUUAGCUUUAAUUUCUACAUCAAUUUUUUAGCGGCUUAUUUAUACUCUGAUCAUUCAGAUUUGUACUGAAAUACACACGUACCUCUAAUGAUGGAGGUUGUUUACUUAUUGAUGAGAUGUGUGCCCAUGGUUUCAAAGCAGAUGCAUCUACCACCUCCAUGCUAUUCAAUUUGCUGCAAUCAAAAGAGCAGGACCCCGCUCCUUGCUUUGCUAGAGAAGUUCAUGCCUUGACUACAUCAAUGAGCGAGUUUAUUAAGGAAGCUGGUUUCUUGGGAGAUCCAUACCACCUGUAUAUUACAGGACCUUCCUGGAACAAAUAAAUAGGAAACUUCUAUUCUUGCUCCGUGUAAAAGUUUUAUACCUGAAUUUGUUGAUCCAGUGUGGAACAUUAUUAUUUACUUGCACUCUCUUCUAAGUUUCUUAUCUAUUCUCGCAGUUAGCUUGGAUCUUUCUUUACUUUAGGGUUAGUUUAUAGUUGCAUAAAGUAGUGAUCUGUGCAACAAACAUAAAGUACAGGAACCAUUACAAUUUUUUCUUGAUAUAUUAGUUCUUAAUAUAUGUAUUUUUUCGUCGUCUCUAUGUAGUUUUUAAUUUUUCUUCUAAAAGAAAGGGAAUCAAUCAGAACUACUAUUCAUAUAUUAUUAAACUUGUUUUCUCUACAUAAAAGUUGUUUUGUCAUGCAUACUUAAAGAUGUUCAUUCAGUCUGCAACAUUAUUGUUUAUUUGCACUCUCUUGUCAGUUUAUUAUCUUUUGUCAUAGUCCACUAGCACUUCUCUUUACUGUAAGGUUCGUUUAUAAUUGCAUAAAGGAGCCUCAAGUGCUGCAGAUUCGAAGUACAAUCAGAUUAAGGGCAAUUGCUUGCGGAUGAUUCUACCACCUUCAUGCUAUUGGACUUGCUCAAAACAAAUGGCCUGGAGUCUGGACCCGUGAAGAGUAAUUGAUGUUGGCCCUGCUAGGCAGCUAGCCUAACUCCACAACAGUAACAGUAUGAUAUUGUACAUGCACACUAAUUUAUAUUUUUGAGUACUGGAAGCUUUAUUUAUUGUUUAUCCUCAAGUUCUUAUGUUUCAUCAAGUCCUUGGUGGUACAGAGUGACUACAAUCUUCUUGUAAUUCUAUUAGCUCUAGAGAGUGAUAGAAAUUGGCUAAGUCAUUAAAGAAUACCUGGUGGGACUCAAUUUGUUUAACAUGGUUGCAUAUCCAAUAUAAAUAUUUGUUAUAAUUUUACACUAAUUCACCCAAGGGGCUGGUUUUGAAAAUGUCAGUUGUCUUUUCUUUGUAGUAAUCUGACCACUUUUGCUUGCAUUGUAUAAAAUGUUGAUUCAUUUUCUUUGUCGUGAUUCGACUACUUCUUCUUCCAUUUUAUAAAUGUUAAUUCAUUAUGUGGCUAAAUGAUAUUUCCCAUCUCAACUUCCAAAUAAUUAUAGCUGCUAAUAGCUUACUACAUUCAAACCUGUUUUCUUUCGAUCAAGAAUUGAUGUUGACUUGGUUCAUCAGAUUGUGGUCAGACAUAGUGAGAUUAGAUUUAGAGAAACCAAGAAAGUUCUUUUAAUUAAGCGUGGUAGUCUUGGUGUAGUAGACAUGUUUUGAAUGAAUCACGUUCUCAUGUCAACUAUCCUUACAAAUCUGACACAAAUUAUGUUACUGAAAUCAAUUUCCGCACAGGGUUUCCACUAAUAGUACUGUGUAAGCCUGUUAUUUUCUUCAUGCCAAUUAAUCGUGACAGCUGCAAGUUGCUGGUGGUUCUCCAGGCUCUGGCACAGGUUGGUGGUGUGGUCAUGUUGCAACCAAAAGUUGGAGGCUCUCGUCAAAUUUCUUCUUUGCUGGAACUGACAAAGUGAGGUUCCGAAGCCGGUAGUUACAGCAGACACCUGGGUUAUGAAGAUGACACUCUGGCAUAGCAAAGAUGGAGUUGAAUUCUUGAUGGCUAUGGGUUAGCGAACAACUUUUUUUGACAUUACUUGAAUGCUCAAAAUUUACUAGCAAACCUUGUGUCUGUUUUGCAGUUCUAGUUUAUAUCAGAAUUCAUUGUUGUGGUAUUCAGUAUUAGGACAGAAUCACUAAGACAAUAUAACUCCACUGGUUUAAUACCCGGAUGUUUUAUAGAUGUGCAAGAAAACCAGUGUUUGCAAAUACACAUCUAUAACUCAAAAUUUUCUUGUCCGGGUUUCUAUAUUCCGUGUUAAUUCCCAGAAACUAGUUUCCGGACAUCAGAAUAUGUACUGUUUAAUUGUUAUUGAGGGGUUUUGUCUAUUUGACAGAAGAAAGAUGCUGGUGACAUCUAUAGUUCUUCAGUAAGCUUUGCAAAUAUGACAUUGCUCUGGCAGUGAUGUCCGGAGGGAUGCAAAAUAGAAAUUAACACCAUAAGAAUUUGAAUUGAAUUGUAGGCCGAAUCAAAGCUUGAGGACUAUUGUAUUCAGCUUUGUAGGUUUCUCUAAAUCAGCAUAAUUUUUACAUAUUGUUUCAGUUACAAGACCGCUUACAAACCAAGAGCACCAAGGGGUGUCUUUCCUUGACCUGCCUCAAAGUAGAAAAUUAACAUAGCCAACAUAGCAAGUCUGGAAUGCUUGAUCUCUGCGAGCUUCAAUCUUUCAAGUUUGUCAGUGUCAGGAAUGUAAACUCCAUUUUGAAUUGUUCCUGCAAAUCCCAAAGGGUCAAAGAAUUUGCCACCAGGGUAUCCUUGUUCACCUGUGGCAUUCGCAAAGUUCUCAGCCGUCUUGGACCAUGGAGUCGCCCAUUCGACAGACUGGGAUUCAGGGUUGAAGAAAUCCACCCAUCUUUUGCUCUCAACCCAUCCCAUGAGAAUGAGUUGGGUUCCGAGGAGUGUACCGAAAGAGAAAGGUGCAAUGGCACCAGGGUCUGCACCAGCUUCAAACCAUGGGAUGCCACUGUAUGCCUGGCCAACAAAGAUUCCAAGAACUGCUGCCAUCGCCCAUCGCCCGUGGAUUAGCUCAGCUUCUCGGUACCACUUCAAGAAUGCUGGAUCCUUGCCAAGUCCUAGUGG